CGGGAAGACCAAACGGGAGCUGAAGCUGUUUUGAUUCAUCAACCUCACGCCAGUUAGGAUACCAACAAGGUCUCAUAGAGUCUACAGCUGCGUCAAGCAAAGAUUUAUACUCUUCCUUUCGUUACACACGGAACAACGGUAUUGGCUCAGGUCCACUCCAUUAUGACGCACCUCUUGAGAGGUAAACAGGCUGGCAUCCACAAUGAUUUGUCCGCAGGAAUACUGCCAGAGUUCUUCAGAAUUGACGAUGUAGAUCACUCGUCUGGGUAUCAACUCUCAAGUUUCGCAAAUCGCGUAUGACCCGGUGCAGUCCCUAGUUGCAGUUGGAACGAACGACACGAAGUUCGGCAAUGGGCAAAUAUAUGUUUUUGGUCAAAAGAGGGUUGCUGUCAUGCUGGAUAUGAAGAUGAAAGCAUCUGUGAGAAUACUACAGUUCUGCGCGGACAAGCUGAUAUGCUUGAAUUCGAAUAACCACUUGACCAUCUUCUCUUUGGAUACGAAAAAGAUACUGGUUUCAUACACGCCUCCAGCUACGGUGACUACAAUGCACAGCGAUCCUACUCUUGACUAUGUGCUGCUUGGCACUACAUCAGGUGAGAUAUUCGCCUAUGAUUUGGACAGAGAGGCUAUGGCACCAUUCAAACUGCCCAACUACUGGCGGCAACAGAACCCGCAAGUUCGUUCCGCCCCUAUUAUCUCAUUGCAACUUCAUCCUCGAGAUGUUGGUUCGCUCCUGAUAGGUUAUACUGAAGGAGCAGUCUUGUAUAGCUUCAAGCUGAACCAAGCCUCCAAGUUCUUCCAUUACGAGAUCCCUCGAGGAGCCCCAGGUGGCGACUCAGAUCCAGGGACAAUGAAUAGACUCAGAUGGCCGAAGCUGACUCAAGCCUUGUGGCAUCCAACUGGAACAUUCAUCCUUACUGGUCACGAAGAUGGUAGUCUUGUCUUUUGGGACCCUAAAGACGGGCGCAUUGUGAUGGCAAGGACGCUUACGGAUACAAAUGUCAACCAGCCAGGUGCAGGAAUUGUCAGCAUGGGUAAUACCCCGGGCACGUUUGCUGCGAAAGAGCCUAUCUUCAAGAUCGCAUGGUGCGCCAACACAGACCCCGACGAUACAUGCAUUUUGAUCAGCGGCGGCGCCUCAACCACUCUAGCGACCAAAGGUCUUACUUUGUUUGAACUUGGUCGAACUCCGAACUAUGCUACCUCUUCCUGGCAAAUUCUAUCAGGCCAUCUCGCAGACCCCAAGCGACAACGAAUCCUUCCGUCUCCUCCUAAUGCUGAAGUUGUGGAUUUUUGUCUGAUUCCACGUACGUCGCCACAUUUCGCCGGUGCACACGAUCCGAUAGCUGUGCUCGCAAUCUUGUCUUCUGGAGAAAUCAUUACGCUUAGCUUCCCCAGCGGUAUUCCAAUCAACCCCACAAAUCAUUUACAUCCUUCUAUGACCUUCGUUCACCCAUAUAUCUCGAAUUUCAGUCUAUCGCCAAUGGAUCGGACUCGCUGGCUGGGAUUGACCGAAAGAAGACAGCAUGGGCCGCCAAUUCUUCGUGGUGGUUUUGAGGAACGGCAUGUGCCGAAACGAUUCGAGAAUCGUAACGUCAUACAGACAGCGCAUGUAGACGGGACGAUCCGAAUGUGGGAUGUUGGUCAUGGAGACGAGAUCGAGAACGAUACACUGCUACAAGCUGACGUAGGUCGGGCACUGGGCCGUCUUGAUGGCGUUAAGGUAUCGAAGAUUUCCUUGUCCGGUGCAAGUGCUGAACUUGCCACUGGUCUAGAAAGUGGUGAGGUAGUAGUGUUCCGAUGGGCAACUAACAGAUCACCCGGUGUAGAACCUCGCACCAAUAGAAAGAAUGCAAUACGGGAGCUCACUGAUAUUACAGACCGGAAAGACCCAGCUCUAUCCGAGGGGUUUCAUCCUUACACGCUCCUAGACGAACAGAAUGGCCCGGUCAGUGCGUUAAACAUGUCAGACGUAGGAUUCUUGGCGGCUGGAUUUCAAGGCGGCAGUCUGUCUGUCAUAGACAUGCGAGGACCUGCAAUAAUAUACAAUACUAGCGUCACAGAGUUUAUAAAGGAUAACAAAGGUGGUAGUUUCAAGCGAAGAAGCCAGGACAAAAAUCCAUCAUCAGCAUAUCCAACAGCGAUAGAGUUCAGCGUCAUGACAGCUGAAGGCGACGAUUAUUCAAGCAUAUUGAUGCAUGUUGGCACGAGCAAUGGUCACGUUGCAACAUUCAAAAUACUACCAGGAAGUGGAGGUAUCUACACGGUGAAAUACGCUGGCUCGGUCAGUGUUGAUGACCGCAUCAUUACUAUACACCCUAUCAAUUCAGGCACAGGUAAUGCUGCCUUUGCAACUCAAAAUGCGGUCGCCGGGCUCCGGACGGGGUUCAAGACAAGCGGCGUGAUAGUAGCGGUGUCGCAGACCGGUGCAAGAGUAUUCAAGCCCGCGACAAAUAAAGGAGCACACAAGACAUGGGAUGAAUUCUUUUGUGACUCUGCUACCGUGGUCCGCUACCAAGAUGCCGGCUACGCUCUCAUGGGUCUUUACGGUGAUGGAUAUGCAAGAGUAUAUUCACUCCCUGCCUUGAAAGAAAUUGCGGCUGUGAGAAUCGACCAUAUUUUUGACAUCCGUCGCUUCCAAGACGCUAUCAUCACUGCGACUGCAGAUAUCCUAGGUUGGACUGGACCAUCUGAGAUGGCACUGGUCAAUCUCUGGGGCGCUGGACUGGACCUUAACAAGGCUCGCGAUGGGUUGUUCAAUCCCGAGUUGAUGUUUCCGCCUCGACCAACCAUCUCGAACUUUCAAUGGAUGUCCGGGACCCAAUAUGUGACACCACUGGACCUGGACUUACUGAUCGGGGGGCCCGAUCGACCACCAUCCAAGAAAAUGAUCAUGCAGGCUCGUGCUGAAGACCGUGAACGCAUGCAAGCCGAGAGAGCGCUGAAACGGCCAGCCGCAGCCACAGCCUCUAGUGAUGAGGGGUAUUGGGCAUACAUGCAACGUCAGCUCAACGAGAGAGCCGAAAGAUUGAACAUUGUAGGCGACUCGAUGGACCAGCUUGGAAACGCCAGUCAAGGAUGGGCAGAUGAUGUAGGCAAGUUUGUGCAGAAACAGAAGCGAAACAUGAUCAUGGGAGCUGUUAAGGGUAAAUUUGGUCUAUAGUGAUCAAGUUGCUGUAUUGUUCGAGUAAGGAUGUGUCCCGGGUGAUGGCACAGCUGAUGUAUACGGGCGAUGAAAAGGUAAGACCUGGCCUGACUAGCCCAUGGCGCGAGCAUUUUUGAGAGCAUAAAAGGUGCGAACAGCUUUCACGAGUCGGAAAUCAGGUUAAAUGUUUGUAGGUUUCCCCAAGAGUGCUAUGAAAGCCAUGGCUCCUAUUGAAUAGUAUAUGAGCGAAAAAGAGCCAUAUUGCCCUUCGCCACACCAUAUCCCUCAGGUUCUCAGGAGGCAGGGACAAUCUGGU